AACCCCCAGUUGAAUUUACUAAACCACUUGAGGAUCAGACUGUUGAAGAGGAGGCCACUGCAAUACUGGAAUGUGAAGUUUCCAGGGAAAAUGCAAAAGUUAAAUGGUUCAAAAAUGGAGAAGAAAUUCACAAAACAAAGAAGUAUGAUAUCAUUUCUGAUGGCAGAGUCAGAAAACUCAUUAUCCAUGGCUGCACACUGGAUGAUGCAAAAACAUAUACCUGUGACGCUAAGGAUUUCAAGACAUCAUGUUUUCUCAAUGUAGAACCAAUUCGUGUUGAAUUCCUGAAACCCCUAACUGACCUUGAAGUUAAAGAAAAACAAUCUGCUCGGUUUGAAUGUGAAAUUUCUCGUCCAGGCGUCAAGGUGAAGUGGUUUAAGGAUGGUAUUGAAAUUAGAAAAGGCAAAAAGUAUGACAUAAUUUCCAAAGGUGCAGAACGCAUUCUUGUUGUCAGUAAAUGUGUCUUCGAUGAUGAAGCUGAAUAUGCCUGUGAAGCAAAAACAGCUCGAACUUCAGGCUUACUUACGGUGAUAGAGGAAGAGGCUGUUUUCACAAAAAAUCUUCCUGAUCUUGAAGUAAAUGAAAAUGACACUGUAAAAUUGAUCUGUGAAGUUUCAAAGCCUAAUGCCGAAGUUGCUUGGUUUAAAGGAGAUGAGGAGGUGCCUGAUGGUGGUAGAUUUGAACACAUUUCUGAUGGCCGAAAGAGAAUUCUUCUCAUACGUAAUGCUCAUCCUGAAGAUGCUGGCAAAUAUACUUGCAAGCUCCCAAGCUCUAGUACAACAGGAAAACUUACUGUACAUGAACUUGCAGCAGAAUUUCUUACCAGACCACAAAAUCUUGAGGUGCUUGAAGGAGACAAAGCUGAAUUUGUCUGUUCAGUAUCCAAAGAAGCAAUUACAGUACAGUGGCUGAGGGGUGACGCAGUCCUGGAGCCUGGUGAUAAGUAUGACAUCAUUUCAGAUGGUAAAAAGAGAACACUUGUGGUUAAAGAUUCUAUACUAGGAGAUGCAGGAAAGUAUACUGUCAUGGUUGGUGAAGCUAAAGCUACAGCACGCUUAACAGUGAUUGAAAAACUCAGGAUUAUAACUCCCCUUAAGGACCAAGAAGUUAAUGAGGGUCAAGAAAUUAUCUUCAACUGUGAAGUCAAUAAAGAAGGUGCCAAGGAGAAGUGGUACAAAAAUGAUGAGCCAAUAUUUGAUAGUGCAAAAUACAUUAUUGUCCAGAAGGAUUUAGUUUACACUCUCAGAAUCAGAGAUGCACAGUUGAAAGAUCAAGCUACCUAUACCGUCUCAAUGACAAACCAGAGAGGUGAACAUGUCAAAAGCUCUGCUGCCUUAACAGUAUUAGAGGAGGAUCUCAGAAUUAUUGAGCCCCUUGAAGACAUUGAGACCAUGGAAAAGAAAACCGUCACAUUCUGGUGCAAAGUCAAUCGCCUUAAUGCAACACUCAAAUGGACAAGGAAUGGUGAAGAGAUUACAUUCAACAAGCGCAUUUUGUACAAAAUUGAUAAGUACAAACACUCACUCAUCAUUAAAGACUGUGGGUUUAUAGAUGAAGGUGAAUACACUGUUACUGCUGGACAGGACAAAUCUGUUGCAGAGCUUCUCAUCACAGAAGCACCAGCAGACUUCAUUGAACAUCUCCGGGACCAGACUGUCACUGAAUUUGACGAUGCUGUCUUUACGUGCCAGCUUUCCAAAGAAAAAGCCAGUGUCAGAUGGUACAGAAAUGGAAGAGAAAUCAAAGAAGGCAAAAAAUACCAGUUCGAAAAGGAUGGAAAUCUGCACAGAUUAAUCAUAAAAGACUGUAGACUAGAUGAUGAGUGUGAAUAUUCCUGUGGAGUGGAUGACAGGAAAUCGAGGGCAAGACUUUUUGUUGAAGAAAUUCCUGUUGAGAUCAUCCGACCACCACAAGAUAUUUACGAAGCUCCUGGUGCAGAUGUCAUCUUCAUGGCUGAGUUGAACAAAGAUGGUGUGGAGGUCAAGUGGCUGAGAAACAACAUGAUUAUCGUCCAAGGUGACAAACAUCAAAUGAUGAGUGAAGGAAAGGUCCACAGGCUGCAGGUGUGCGACAUAAAGCCCCGUGACCAAGGGGAAUACAGAUUUAUUGCCAAAGAUAAGGAAGCUAGAGCUAAGCUUGAAUUAGCUGCUGCACCUAGAAUCAAGACUGCUGAUCAAAACCUUGUGGUUGAUGUUGGGAAGCCUUUAACUAUGACUGUUCCAUAUGAUGCCUACCCAAGAGCAGAAGCUGAAUGGCUGAAAGGGGAGGAAAGUCUGCCCACAACAACUGUUGAUACAACAACUGACUGCACUACCUUCAAAAUUUAUGAAGCAAAGAAAUCAGAUAAGGGAAGGUACAAGGUUAUACUUCGAAACAAACAUGGCCAGGCAGAAGCAUUCAUCAAUGUAGAUGUCAUUGAUGUUCCGGGUCCAGUCAGAAACUUAGAAGUCACUGAAACUUAUGAUGGUGAAGUUGGUCUUGCCUGGCAAGAACCAGAAAGUGAUGGUGGAAGUAAAAUAAUAGGCUACGUCGUUGAAAGACGUGAUAUCAAGCGCAAGACCUGGAUUAUGGUCACUGAUCGUGCUGAAAAUUGUGAAUACAGUGUUACUGGGCUUCAAAAAGGAGGAGUUGAGUACCUCUUCCGUGUUAGUGCACGGAACAGAGUGGGCACUGGUGAGCCAGUGGAAACAGACACCCCUGUGGAAGCUAAAAGCAAAUUUGAAGUUCCUGGUCCUCCUCAAAAUGUCGAAGUUACCGAUGUGAACAGGUUUGGAGCUACACUUACCUGGGAACCACCUGAGUAUGAUGGAGGAACUCCAAUUACUGGCUACGUUAUUGAACUGCGUAACAGAGCUUCCAUCAAAUGGGAACCAACUAUGACCACUGGAGCUGAUGAACUGUCAGCUGUCCUGACUGAUGUUGUGGAAAAUGAAGAAUACUUCUUCAGAGUAAGAGCUCAAAACAUGGUUGGAGUUGGCAAACCAAGUCCUGCUACACGUGCAGUAAAAAUUAUGGACCCAAUCGAGAGACCAAGUCCUCCCAUUAACCUUGAUCAUUCAGAUCAAACUAAGUCAUCGGUGCAGCUCACAUGGGAACCUCCUCUCAAAGAUGGAGGAAGUCCAGUCUUAGGCUAUAUUGUUGAAAGGCAAGAAGAAGGAACAGACAAGUGGAUUCGCUGUAAUCCAAAACUAGUACCUGCUCUUACUUUUAAGGUAACUGGAUUGAAACCAGGAUCCAGUUAUUACUAUAGAGUCUCAGCAGAAAAUGCAGCUGGUGUGUCUGACCCAGCAGAGGCUAUUGGGCCAUUAACUGCAGAUGAUACUUUUGUUGGACCUACAAUGGACCUAAGUGCAUUUAAAGAUGGGCUGGAAGUUAUUGUUCCAGAGCCAAUCAAGAUCCGUGUUCCUAUCACUGGCUACCCUGUGCCAACUGCCACAUGGUCUUUUGGUGACCAAGUCUUAGAAAAGGGUGAUCGUGUAACAAUGAAGACCACUGCCUCCUUUGCAGAACUUGUAAUUACUCCAAGUGAACGUCCAGACAAGGGAAUUUAUUCCUUAACAUUAGAAAACCCUGUGUCAUCUGUUUCAGGAGAAAUUAACGUUAAUGUCAUUGCUCGUCCAAGUGCACCUAGAGAACUUAAAGUUUUAGAUGUAAUCAAGAACACAGUACAGCUGUCAUGGGAACCUCCAGAAGAUGAUGGUGGAAGCCCAGUUACUGGCUAUAUAAUUGAUAAACGUGAAGUAAGCCGUAAAACAUGGAACAAA